GAUGGAUUUUGUUGACACUUGUAGAAAUGUCCGGUCGGGAAGGAAACGUGUCGAAUGAAUUAAUAUAGAAUCUAUCUUUAUAUAAAUUAUUUAGUUUAUAACAAAUGUAACUGCGUAAAAUGAGAGAUACGAUGCCAUUUAGUGAAAUAAUUCUUUUAGUUUUAAUAGAAAUAAGUAGAAACAAUUUUGAUAUCGAUAAGCCUAGUUUGAAUGAUAGCAAACACGUGGAAAUUCAAAAUUAUCGUUAUUCAGAAUUAUUAAAUAAAAUGCUGAAAAUUGUGUUUCGGUUUCAUAAUAUAUUUUAUUCCUGACAUUUGUUUUUUUGUAUUAUCUGUCACAUGAUACUUUACUACACUUUCCGCUUGUUACUGAUAAUGCUUUGUAGCCACAGUUUUUGUUUUGGUUCUAGUUUUGGUUUUAAAUUCGUUGCUAUAUAUAUGCAGAAAACGUUCAUUACGUCUGUAACGACUGUAAACAAUUGCAGUAUUGUGUUAUAGUGAUUUUAAAAAAAUGUUAGAAGAAGACAAGUAUUUCACUGAAUUAAGUAAUAUUAAGACUACAUCACCAAAAGUGUAUAAAUCUGCAUUGAUUAGAGGCAUGACAAUUACAGAAGUAAAGAGAAAGAUGAAAGUUGGCAGUGAACAAUAUUUGACAGGAAAUUACAGUGCAGCCUUACAAGAAUAUACUUCUGUAUAUAAUGCAGUGGAUAAAUUUGGCAAUUGGUAUCUUAAUAUCACUGAGAGAGAAUUAAUUGCUUUGAAAUAUGCCUUAGCUACAGUAAAUUUUCAUUGUGAUUCAAAAGAGAAUAUGGAUCAUGCUAAUGCUUUGUUUACAAAAUUGAAACAAUAUGAUUUUCCUGCUGCAUAUUAUGGAAAAGCAAAACUUUUAUGUAAAUAUGAAAGGUAUUCAGAUGCAAAAUUGUGCUGUAUGUCUGGAUUAACAAUGAUAGAAAAUAAGUAUAAAAGUGAAAAAUAUGUAUGGCCUGGUACUUUGGAAAUUAUAGAAGAAACUAAAACUGAGAAGUUAAAGGAACUUUUAGAAAAUCUGACAAAAACUUGUGAUGUAGGUUUUAUAGAGAAAAAAGAUUCAAAUAAUUUUCUAUUUAAUGAUUCCCACCCUCAUUAUGUAAAUUCUAAUUGGGAAAAUAUACCUAUAAGUGCAACAUGCAAAUAUGCGUCAUGUUCUUUUAAUAGAAGUAUAAAAGCAACCUAUUCAUUAGAUGGAUAUUAUAUUAUUCAAUGUAGUGAUAAUUGCUGCAUAUAUUACCAUUCAAAAUGUUGGAAAUUAAUGAAAAAAUCCAAAGCAUUAAUCACUGAUCAAAAAACAUUUUUGGCAGGAGCAUGUUUGACACCAGAUUGUUGUGGAAUUAUAAAUUUAAUUCAGAUGUACAAUAAAAGGAAUGAAUUGCAAAAUGAGUUUCCAAUUGAAAAUGAUUUAAAUAAAAAACAUAGAAAAAACAAAUUGGAGAAAAGAGAGGAAAAGAAAAAAUUAAAAAAACAACGAACAAAAGCUUUAUCUUGUUCAUCUGAUAAAUCUUCAAUUGAGAAUGAUCCCUUAGAUUUAACAGAUACUGUAAGUAAUCCUGAGAUUGAAACAAAAAUGAAUUCCCAAAUACUAAAAGACCAUAAUCCAAAGUCAAACAGAACAAAUAAAAUAAAAAAAGAUUACACUGUGAAACCAAAAAUAAAACAAAAUGAAAUUUCUUGGACUGUAUUGUCAAAGGAUGGAAAAAUAAGACAGUUUGAAAAUAAAAAUAAAAAAACAGAGAAUUUUCAAAGAUCACAAAAUACUGAUAUUGGAACAAAUCUUCUUUUAUAUUUAAAAGAGAUAAAUGAUAUUUUUGGUCCACUAAAUACUGAUGAUUUUCUCAACUUUUGUGAAUUUGAUGAUGAUGAUGUAAUGUAUCUUAUUGAAUAUGGAGGAUUGAAUAAAUUUCUUCAAGAUAAUAGAGAUCAUAUAAAUUUGAGAGGGAAAAUAGACCAGGAAACAUAUAAUUUUAUUCCUGUUUCAUCAAAGUGUACUGUUAGGUCCUUAUAUAAUCAAAAUUUUUAUGAAGUUAAAGAAGAAAAAGAAACAUCUAAUAAUGAAGAUUCAGUUUCUGAAAAAACAUCUAAUAAUGAAGAUUCAGUUUCUGAAAAUAAAAUAUGGAAGGAAAAGUAUUUUAAAGUGACAAAAAUUCAUGAGGAAGAAAAGCAAGCAUGGGCUAUAAAGAAAACUGAAUUCAAGGAAAAAAUGGAAAGAAAGAAUAAAGAUUAUAUUAAUGAAACAAAUUUACUCAAGGAAGAAAUUGAAGAAUUACAAAAAAGAAGAAAUCUUGCAGAGAGAUAUUGUUUUGAAAUGAAAAAAAAAUUUUGUUUGGAAAAAAUGACAGAUUGCAUCUCAACAGCUGAGAAAAAUAUGCAGUUGCUACAAAAUAGAUAUUUAAGUAAAUGUUCUCCUAUUAAAAACAAUAGUGAUAUUGUGGAAGAAAUAUCCUUAUGGCAGUAUUAUAAAGAUAAAUGCAAGGAGACAAUUGAAAAUUAUUUUCAAAAGGUAGAUAAUUAUCUUAAGAAAGUCACCAAAGACAAUUUAAAGAUUGAUAUUUAUAAAUAUGACAUUCCAUCACCUCCAUCUGUUCCGUGUAAUCCAAAUAAUGUUAUAAACUUAGCUGUGUUGGAUGAAUGUCCAAUCUGCUUUGAAACUAUUCUAAACCAAGAGGAAGAAUGUACUCCUUGUGAACAUAAGUUUCAUGUGAAGUGUCUUCAAAGUUGGUUGAAGAAGGAAACCACUUGUCCUGUCUGUAGAAGUCAUGUAUUGAGUUUUGAAGAGUUUCCGAGACUUACUCGUUGCUCACGGCCAGCACCAGCCCAUCUGUCCACCCGUCCUUGAAGUGAAUUAUUUGUGUCUUAUUGUAAUUACUUGUCUUAAAAUUUAGCAAUUGAUUUUCAGUAUCAUCAAACAAGCUAAUUUUUAAAAUGCACAGAUAAUACCCACCUCACUGAAAUAAUGUUUCAUCCCAUAUCCGCCCUUCAGAAUGAAAAGCCUAGUGCCAGUACUGUCAUUAGGACUAUUUGAAUAUGGAUUGCAGAUUUAUAUGCUUUUUUUUUUUAAUUAUUGACAUGGUUAAUCGUCACUCCUUUUCGUGCUUUGUCUGUAAUCUUAAAAUUUUGGAUACUGAUUUACUUUUGUGCUCACAGUGUUUGAAAAAUGCUCAUUUUUAUUGUUAUGGUGUUGGUUGUGCUACUUUCCAUAAAUUUAGUAAAAAUUGGAAAUGUUGAUCCUGUAGACCAGUGAAGACUACAAAAGGAAAUGCAAAUUCAACUUUGGAAUUGGGACGAGAUAAAGUGAGCUGACUCACCUAAAUCAUUAUCUCUCCAGUUAGUGACAAACUGAUUGAUUGUAAUAAUAAGCAAUGUAACCUCCUGCCCACUCUAACGACACCCGAACCUAAUGAGUCAACCUGGUUUGAUAAAUUAUUUUUAGAAAUUAAACAAAUUUAUAAGAGGCUUGGAGAAUAUAAAUCAAACAAAUAAAAGCAUAAAAGAUUCGAUAAAAGUAACAACCAUUUUAACACUCUGGAGAUAAACAAUAAAAGGCUUUUUGAUGAAAAUUCUACAAUGAAAUGAGAAUUAAAUAUAACACAAGAAAAAUUAAAGUUUAUGGAGCAAGAUGUUAAUAAUUCAAAUUUAGAAAUUGCUGGACUUCCUACUUUGUUAAAUGAAAAUGUAAUUGAUAUUGUUUAUAAGGUUAUGCAUGACAUUUGUGGAUAAUACAUUUGAUAAAUUAUUGUAAAUGCCUAAACUCCUUCCAAAUGAAAGAAAUUCAAUGCCACGUGAAAUUAGCUAAUAUUACAUGGAAGCAAAAAAGUAUCGAUAAAAUUAAAGAGAAUAAACUCAAAAUUACUUCUAGUGCAUGUAAUUUAAAUUAAUGAAGAACAUAAAAUUUAUAUAAAUGAUCAUCUUAAACUAUAUGAUAGAAAUCUUUUUUUUUUUUAUAAAACUAGAGUUUUAAAGGAGGAGUGGAAAAUAUUAAAUACUUGGACUAAAAAUGGUAUAAUUUACAUAAAGAUUAAUGCAACCUUCACGAAUAUGUACGUUAGAAUAUAUUGAGAGUUUAUUUCCUGAUGGAAGAUUUAUUAAAACAUAAUAAGAUAACUAAUUUUGA